CAUUUAGCAAAAAGUUUAAACUCAAGAAACAAACCCAAAGUUCUACCUAGCGCUGCUGUGCAUUAAUUCAGAUAAUAAGAGGCAUUCAGACAAACUCUUUUUUCAUUUAAUCAUUGGACGCGCCCAUUCCCUUUUUUUCAGAAGGGGUGAUGAGGACAGGAGGAUUCUAUUGGUCAAGUUUUGUUCCCCUACCGUUCCGCGUAUGAAGACGAAUAGUACGCUCCAGGGUUCGCAUUGAAAUGAAUGAGGCAUGAACUGUCAGCGGCACCAUCAGGACCAACACGCUAGAUUUCCAAAUUCAAUUACACCAAAAUCCCAGCCGGAUCACAUCCACUGCGCUACACAGAUCUCCACAGACCAUGAAACAGGCUCUGUUAGAGUUGAUGAGGAUGAACAGAAUCUGCCGGAUGGUGCUCGCCACUUGCUUAGGAUCUUUUAUUCUGGUCAUCUUUUAUUUCCAAAGUAUGUUCCAUCCAGUAAUCCAUAGGAAUCCAUUUGCACCUGACGCCUGUUGUAGGAAAGGCUCACGGAAUGCUCUGCAGGAGCUGUACAAUCCCACCCAGCUGGAGUAUUCGAGCACUGCCAUCCUUCACCAGAUGCGGAGGGACCAGGUAUCGGAUACCUGCAGAGCUUACAGUGCCUCCAGCCGCAAGCGGCGUGUUCUGACUCCCAGCGACCUCAAGCACUUAGUGGUGGACGAGGAACAUGAGAUGAUCUACUGUUACGUGCCUAAGGUGGCCUGUACCAACUGGAAGCGGGUGAUGAUGGUGUUGACUGGCCGUGGCAAAUACAGUGACCCCAUGGAUAUUGCUCCCAAUGAGGCUCACAUCCCCUCCAACCUCAAGACCCUCAACCAGUACACCAUCCCAGAGAUCAACCACCGCCUGAAGAGCUACCUCAAGUUUCUCUUUGUGAGGGAGCCCUUCGAGAGGCUGGUGUCAGCCUACCGCAACAAGUUCACCCGCAAGUACAACACCUCUUUCCACAAGCGCUUCGGCACCAAGAUCGUGCGCCGGCAUCGCAAGAACGCCACGCAGGAGGCCCUGCACAGCGGCAGUGAUGUCAAGUUUGAGGAAUUUGUGGGUUACCUCAUCCACCCUACCACGCAGAAGGAGGAGCCCUUCAACGAGCACUGGCAGACUGUCUACUCCCUCUGCCACCCCUGUCACAUCCGCUACGACCUGGUGGGCAAGUAUGAAACCCUGGAGGAGGACUCCAACUACAUUCUCCGGCUGGCCGGGGUCAUCGACUACCUUCGUUUCCCAACUUACGCCAAGUCCACCCGCACAACCGACGAAAUGACUGCCGAAUUCUUCCAGAACAUCAGCUCCCAUCACCAGACGCAGCUCUUCGAACUCUACAAAUUAGAUUUUCUGAUGUUCAACUACAGCACACCAAGCUACCUGAAACUGGAUUGAGAACUCAAGGGACUGGCUGUGUUUUGAAAUUCUCACGUUGUCAGGGGGGUAGGGGUUUGAAUGCGGUAUUUCGCUUAAAGGGACUUGUUUUGUUCCACUCGAGGAGCACUUAGGUUCUUGACUUGGUUUCUCCCGAUAACCCAAAUCUGUUGCAGAUAGUGAAGUUGGCUAAAGUAACUUUAAUAAUCUGGAUGUGAGGGUCAUUACUUUGGUCGUGGUUGCCCCAGAAAACCAGUGAUGGUCAGUCAGUCACAUUUUCUCUGAAGCAAAGGAUGUCGAGUCCAUUGUAGCAUUAAAACAUCCACAGUAGCAACAGGUAUGUUUUAAAAAAACAGAGUCCCUUUGUGAAACAGGCAACACCUAAAGAGGACAUAAAUAUGUCUAACCAACAGGUCCUAUUUUGCACUUAAAUCCAUUAUAAAAAACAUAACUAUACAGGAUUUAAAAUUAGAACUCCACUCCAAUUGAAUGUAAAAACAAAGAUCUUCACUGCCCAGCAGGGUUUGCCACUGAUGCAUCAUUUCUGGGAUCAGCCGACUGAAAAGAGAGAACUCAGUGUUGGAAAAAACCAAAGGGCAAAUCUUCUGAGCUAGAACUGUAGCGAUAGAAAUUCCAUGGUUAGAAUCAGACAUGCUGAAUAAAGCACCUAACUCAGCUCUCUAAUUAAGAUAUUUUCUGCUCUAUUUAGUCCUUAAUGUUUAAGAACAAACCCCCUCCUUAUUAACAUACCUUUAGGCACUCUGGUGAGUAUUUUUUUUUUUUAAUGAAAUAAUUGAACAGAAGUAUUUAUCCCCUCGUUCCUUCAGUCGGGACACAUAUUGUGGUCCCCAAGGAACACUUGGUAAAAAUAGUUAAAGUAAUGAAGCACCUUAAUCCUACUACUAUUAGGAUAUUUCCAUUUCAUCUGCUCCUAUAGCACAAGGCCACAGCCAUGCUGAACAUACUGUACAAUAAUCAUUCCUAAAUAAGGAUGCUGAAAGUUGACUUUAGUACAUCUAACAUCCCAUGGUGACAUCCCACAUAUAAAUACAGAUUUGGGGAGUCCCCUUAGAACAAAAUGUGGAAGGUGGCAGAGGCUCCCCGCUCCCCUCCAGAAAGCCUUUAGCACCCCCCUGUUCGUCAACUAUAUAUAUCUUUCAUUGCUGGUACACAAGAGAUAAAGCAUCUGCCCUUGUCUACGGUUGGAACAUUUCUCAGAGAACUGGAGGGAGGUGCUGAGGGACAGCAAUUUGAACUCCUGCUUGUAUGGCUACACAUUUGUUUUUGUAAAUGAAUGAUUAUUAUUUUGUUGGUUUUAAAAAGAGAUGCUGCGAGCAGCACACUCAGAAUUAUUUAAAUGACUUUAAAUGUGAGAAAGGACAGAUUGCUUUUUUUAUUUGUAUUUUCAGUGACAGGAUUAAUAGAAUUUUGUUUUUAAAAUAACUUCUGGUAUGCUGUUUUAAAGUUGUUGUUUUUUAAGUAAAGUUCUUUUAUGAUGCGUUCUCUGGAACAUGCUGUAAUUAAUGUUAUUUAUUUCACUCAUAAUGGGACUGGUUUAACUGAUUUUACUGCCAUAACGCAUAACACUAACUAGGCUCUGUCACAAUGAAACAAUAUCUCUGGGUUUAAGGAGAUCCCUGUCUUAUUUGGGACAAACAUUUUUUAAAAAAUGAAAAGGAGCACAGUUAUCAUAAAUAGAAACAUUUUGUGACUGUAGCAAACAGUUAAAACCUGCAAAGACAAUUGUCCUGCAGAGCUGCAAAACUUCCAGACUGUUCCAACACCAAAUCAUGCUACACAAUAUCCUGUUCCUAAUAAAAAGUGCUGUACCUAAGAUAUCACAGCACAACGACAGCUUGCUGUACUCUCAAAGCUUGCCUCCUCAAAAUACAAAAAUAUGACAAAAUAUGCCCAUCUUCACCAUAUAUAUCCCAGCAUCAUGUUCACCUUCUUGUACAAUUUGAGUGGAGUGGUGGUCCAACAAGCCAAAGGUAUUCAGGUGUAAAGUGCACUUGUAACUACACAACUUAGCUAUGGUUUGUGAAUUAUAUGUUUUUGUCAUAAAUUAGUCAAGCACUCCAAGGGAAAAUAUGUGAUAACAAUACAGCAAACAACUUCAUUUGAGGAUAGACCCAUGUUAAAGGAAGUUAGAUGGAACAGCAGGUUAACUCACUAUGGAGGUCGAGAUCAGUUUAUGUGAAAUAAUUUUUGGUUGUCUGUGUCUCAUUUCUCCUCCACGGCAUUGUAUAUUUGGAGACAGCACCAACUAGCAGUUAAAUCUGGGAAAAAAAAGGAAAAAACUUGUGAUUGAUGUCUUUGGGUACAACAACAUAAACAAAUUUUCAGCACAUUUUAUAUACAAAAAAAAAAAAAAAAAAAAAACGGCUGGUUGGGUAGAAUCCACGCACAAAGGUUUAAAUAACCGUUCAAAUGAACAACCACGCACAGAAUCCUGUAAUAAAUCAUUCCAGUGUUUUGUUUUUUUUAUUCAAAUUUAAAGAGCAACUUGUUAUGGGUAUGAACUAUCAGAUGUUUUCUUUGUCUCAGUUUUAGUCUACACAUCCUGGUUACUUUUUAAACCUCCCAGGUGUCCUCAAUAGAUCUUAGAAUCGUUUCUGAACUCAUACACCAGAGUGUAACCAUUAACCUAUCCCCCUGCCCUUGUGCAUGUAAUAAAUACCACAUUUGCUCCAAGAGUAGGAAAUAGCAAGUGUUGCAGGACGACAGAUUAAUGCACUUCAUUCUAACACACAUACUGCUGAGCAUCUUGUCCUGAGACAGUCCUUCUAAUCGACAGUGAAAGAGCGUUGUGGCAGAUAAUCUCACUAAACACAGCCCUGUCUCAUCCGCUAAGGGCGUGUCCUCCUCAAUCUUUACCAAACAU